UGGAGAAUUUAUGUGAGGUAUAUUUAAAAAUGUUGUCGAAAGGAGUUAAAUGGUUUCUGCCAUUUAUGUCGGAUGUACACAAAAGUAGUGCUGCAUAAACAGCAUUACGUUUUGACAGCAUUACAAGAUUGUGAAGUUGGAGUGACUUGUCGUGACUCCAAACAACCUGAAGAGGGCAGCCUAUUAGCAAUCAUCAUCAGGUCAUCAAAAUCUGCAAGAAGAAGACGUUCGUGUUGCGCGGUGACGAAACCCUAGACUCCGGCUUCUUCAUAUUGACAAAUAGCUCCUGUGAAUUAACCAAUGGAGAGAGGCCAGCGCCCAACUAAACACCGCAACUGACUGUUGACAUCCGGCUACACAGUAGGUGAGCCUGCUCAGUGAUAAGUGGAUUACAGACAACAAUGAUGUCAGAGAAUCUGGCCAUGGUUCGAACAUAAGCUCACUCUGCCUUUGGCUCUGCCAUGUUGCCAGGAGUCGGUGUUUUUGGCACAGGGAGUACGGCGCGGGUUCUGGUCCCGUUGUUAAAAGCUGAAGGUUUUGAGGUCCAUGCUCUGUGGGCUCCAAGUGAUGAGGAAGCAUCCCAUUUGGCCAAGGAACUGGGGGUCCCCUUUCAUACCAGCCACUCGGAUGAUGUUUUGUUGCACCAGGACGUUGACCUGGUUUGCAUCUACGUUCCACCGUCGAUGACGAGGCAGAUUGCUGUAAAAGCACUGGGUAUUGGGAAGAAUGUUGUGUGUGAGAAAGCUGCAACUGUUCUAGAUUCUUUCAAGAUGGUGACUGCAGCUCGAUACUACCCCCAACUGCUGAGCAUUAUGGGUAAUACCCUUCGCUUCCUGCCGGCUUUUGUGGCGAUGCGUCAGCUGCUGUUGGAGGGAUACGUUGGUGAAGUGCAGGUGUGCGACGUUCGUGUCUAUGGUCCCAGCCUGCUGGACCAGUCGUACGGCUGGACCUGCGAGGAGCUGAUGGGAGGGGGCGGGCUGCACACAGUCGGCUCUGCCAUCAUCGACCUCUUGAGUUACCUGACUGAUGCCCGAGCCCACCGUGUGCACGGCUUGCUAAGAACCUUUGUGCAACAAAACAACCUAAUCCGAGGCAUUCGUCACGUCACCAGCGACGACUUUUGUUUCUUCCAGAUGUUGAUUGGAGGGGCUGGAUCCAGAUCUGGGGGCGUGUGUUGCACUGUGACGCUGAAUUUUAACAUGCCGGGCUCGUUUGUGCAUGAGGUCAUGGUAGUGGGAUCCACUGGGAGGUUGGUGGUCCGGGGCACUGAACUGUAUGGUCAGUGCAACAAGAGCAAAGGGGAGGAGCUGCUGCUUGGUCAAAGUGACUGGGCAGGACCAGAGGUGAGAGAGAUGCCCCUGCCACAGCUGCGGGGGCUGAGCUCUCUGGUGAGGGCACUGAGAGAGUCUUUUCAGGCUCACGAGGAGCGCAGGUCCUGGGCACAGGCACCAGUUGCCAUGGCGCCGACAUUCGAGGAUGGCCUGUACGUGCAGACAGUGGUGGAGGCUGUGAAGCGGUCCAGCUGCAGCGGAGAAUGGGAGUGUGUGGAGAUCAUGAGUCAGGAGCCAGAUCCCAACCAAAACCUGUGUGAGGCUCUGCAGAGAAAUAAGAGCUGAAUGAGUGUGUAGAACCGGGGGGGACGACAACGACUACUAUUACUACUACUAUGACUACAACUACUACUAGAGCGUGGGUAACAGUUACAGGAAGUCAAUUCUCUGACAUUGAGUUCUUAAUCUGAUGUCAGUCCAUGGUAACGCCCAGGCAGGUCAUGUGACCAGGACAUGAGUGAGUGAGUGAGUGCUGGUGAUAAAUACAUCUGCACUGAUGUGUCAAUAUUAGCCUGAACCUGGGGCCUGCUGUAUGUCAGGUUAGAAUCCAACCACUGCACCACUCACUAAAAGCUUAGCUGUGUCAAAGUGAUACAACCAAUGACUUUGACACCGAUGACACACUGCAAACUGAUAUGAUGAAGAUGGUCCGAAGAAAAUAUGACCAAGUCACAUCUGGUCCACUGAGGCAUCGUCUCCAGACAACAGAACCAGGUCAUGGAUUAGCAUAAACAGGUAACAUGAAAGUGAAGUGUGACAGAGACGACGGGUUGGUCUGAGUCAGAAGGACUGACCAGUGACCAGAGACUCUCCCACCAUUGAAAAAUAAGUCCAUUACUUUAUGCGAUUAAUGUUUUUGCCUCGUCUUUUUUCCCACGUUGCCUUUGUACAGGUGACAUCAAAACAGCAUCACUCUGCUGCAGUAAUGGCCAACAGAGUAAAGUCUAAAGACCAGACUGGUUGGACAGGACUGUGACAGAAAGACCAUAUAUUCUUAUUUUUAUUAUAUUUGAGUUGUGUGUUCCUGAUUGGUUGGUUCACACUGUUGUAUUUUAUUGUCUUAAAAAUAAACAAAUUUUAAUUUCAACAUGUAAUAUGAUGAGCACGUCCACCCACUGGCUGAGUUAAGGUUUGUAUACUAGUUCACAGAACCUGCAGCGUGCUGUAAAAGCUGUGAGAAAGAAGAACUGAGAUGCCAUUUGUGUUUUUUAUUUUUUAAAAGAUUCAGUUAUCUUUAUUGCUGCUAGUUAUCAAAGGUUGGCUCUGUAAAAAAACUAAACUAAAGUUACCUCACACCUUCCCAGCAGUGCUUUAAAACUGUUUCAACAAAGUGUUUUCAAACUGACUGCAGAAUUACCCACAAUGCACCACUGUCACCAUCUAUUCCAGCUGAGCUUUGACUGUCUUUGUGUUUUUUUCCUUGUUGGUUGUGAUUACUGCUGAAGUUGUACCUAUUUAAUAAAUGCAGUGUUGUUCACUGCACACAUCACUGUAACAUUUGUGUCUGUGUGGAGCCACUCUCUGUCUCUGACCAAACUGUUUGUAUUUCUGUGCUGUAAUAUUGCUUAUUUUGCAUUGAUUUUAUUAUUUAUAGGCUUUUGAAGCAAUGCCCAGUGUUUUAGAGGAGUGACUGUUGUUCUGACUGGUGUUUCUUAUAAUAAAAACAUUUAGUUUUCA